AUGGCGGGAGCCAAAUGGUUGAUUGCCUCCCUGGCGUUUGCUUCGUCAGGGUUGGCCUUCACCCCAGAGAACUUCAUCUCUGCCCCACGAAGAGGAGAGGCCAUCCCAGACCCCAAGGGACAACUCGCUGUCUUCCACGUCUCCAAGUAUAACUUCGACAAGAAGGACCGUCCCUCAGGAUGGAACCUUAUGGACCUCAAGACUGGAGCCAUCAGCAUUCUCACCACUGACCCCGAUGUUUCUGAGAUCACCUGGCUCGGUGAGGGUACCAACGUCCUCUACGUCAACGGUACCGACUCAGUCAAGGGAGGAGUUGGAAUUUGGAUCUCCGACGCCAAGAACUUCGGCAACGCAUACAAGGCCGGUUCCAUCUCUGGACCAUUCUCGGGCUUCAAGCUUGCCAAGUCUGGUGACAAGAUCAACUUCGUUGGUUACGGUCAGUCCACCACCAAGGGUGACCUUUACAACGAGGAGGCCAUCGAGAAGCCAAUCACUUCUGCUCGUAUCUACGACAGCCUCUUUGUCCGUCACUGGGAUGCCUACGUCGGCACCCAAUUCAACGCCGUCUUCUCCGGUGCCCUCUCCAAGAACGGUGGCAAGUACACCUUCGACGGAAAGCUGAAGAACCUCGUUCAGCCCGUCAAGUACGCCGAAUCCCCCUACCCACCAUUCGGCGGAUCCGGUGACUACGACCUCUCCCCCGAUGGCAAGACCGUUGCCUUCAUGAGCAAGGCCCCAGAGCUUCCAAAGGCCAACCUCACCACCAGCUACAUCUUCACCGUCCCACAUGACGGUUCCCGCCUUGCUGAGGCAAUCAACGUCCGUGGAGGCGCUCGCACUCCAAAGGGAAUUGAGGGUGCCUCCUCCAGCCCAGUCUUCUCCCCUGACAGCAAGAGAAUUGCCUACCUCCAGAUGGCCACCAAGAACUACGAGUCUGACCGACGUGUCAUCCACGUUGCUGAGGUUGGCACUAACAAGCCCGUCCAGAGAAUUGCCAGCAACUGGGACCGAUCUCCCGAAUCCAUCAAGUGGUCUUCCGAUGGCCGAACUCUCUACGUCACUGCUGAAGAGCACGCCACCGGCAAGCUCUUCACCCUGCCCGCUGAUGCUCGUGACAGCCACAAGCCUGAAGCUGUCAAGCACGAUGGCUCCGUCACCGCAUACUACUUCAUCGGUAGCUCCAAGGCCGUCCUCGUGUCCGCUAACUCCCUGUGGUCUAACGCUCUCUACCAAAUUGCUACCCCCGGCCGUAACUUGAAGAAGCUCUUCUACGCUAAUGAGCACGAUCCUGAGCUCAAGGGUCUUGGUCCAAAGGACAUUGAGCCUCUCUGGGUUCAGGGUGCCCGCACCAAGGUUCACUCUUGGAUCGUCAAGCCAACUGGCUUCGAUAAGAACAAGGUUUACCCACUUGCUUUCCUCAUCCACGGUGGUCCUCAGGGAUCUUGGGGUGACGGCUGGUCCACCCGCUGGAACCCAAGAGUUUGGGCUGAUCAGGGAUACGUUGUCAUUGCUCCUAACCCAACUGGUAGCACUGGUUUCGGCCAGCAGUUCACCGACGACAUCACCAACGACUGGGGUGGUGCUCCAUACAAGGACCUCGUCGCCAUCUGGGAGCACGUCCGUGACAACCUCAAGUACGUUGACACCGUCAACGGUAUUGCUGCCGGUGCCUCUUUCGGUGGAUUCAUGGUCAACUGGAUCCAGGGACAAGAUCUCGGCAGAAAAUUCAAGGCCCUCGUUUCCCACGACGGAACCUUCGUUGGAUCUUCCAAGAUCGGAACUGAUGAGCUCUUCUUCAUCGAACACGACUUCAACGGUACCUUCUACGAGGCCCGUCAAAACUACGACAGAUGGGACUGCUCCAAGCCUGAGUUGGUUGCCAAAUGGGGCACUCCUCAGCUCGUUAUCCACAGCGACUACGACUUCCGUCUCUCUGUUGCUGAAGGUGUUGGUCUCUUCAACGUCCUCCAGGAGAAGGGUGUUCCCAGCCGUUUCUUGAACUUCCCCGAUGAGUCCCAUUGGGUCACCAAACCAGAGAACUCUCUCGUCUGGCAUCAACAGGUCCUUGGAUGGAUCAACAUGUACUCCGGCAUUAACAAGAGCAACCCUGACUCUAUUAAGCUUUCGGAUACCAAGGUUGAGGUCAUCGACCACGAGGCCGGCUCUACCUUCAAGUACUAG